AUGGCUUCUUGGUACACAGAAGAGACGACCCGCCCGGCGUUCGAUAACAAGCCCACGCCAUUACUCAGCUAUGGCCGGCCAUUCCCAGAAAUAUGCCUCAAACAAGUCCAAGACAGGUUUAAAAGCUCACGAGUCUUCAUCAUAGCAUCUCGCUCGUUGUCGAAGAAUACAUCUUACGUUGAGGACCUUAAAUCCGCUUUGGGGAAUCGCGUUGCCGGCGUUCGUAUCGGCAUCUCACCGCAUACGCCAAUUCCGGAAAUCGUGGACAUCUUGGCUGAAGUCAAGCCUCUCGAUAUCGACUGCAUCGUAACUCUAGGUGCAGGAAGUAUCACCGACGGAGCCAAGCUCGUGCGGUUUGCUAUUGCAAAUGAUGCUUGGACCGAAGAGGACAUCGGUACGCUCUGGGGCGGCAAGUCGUACAAUCCUAACAAACGGGAGAAUUUGCAUAAGCCUAUGAUUCCGUUGAUUUGCAUCCCUACAUCACUAUCUGGUGGUGAAUACCAGGCUAUUGCCGGAGCGACAGACUCGAAGAGCAAAGCGAAACAUACCUUUGAGCCAAACGUUGAUCCCGACUUGGUCAUACAAGACCCGCAGUUGACUACCACGACGCCACAAAAGAUCUGGCUCAGCACCGGUAUCCGUUCUGUUGACCAUUGCGUCGAGACUCUGUGCUCGUUGCAGAGUAAUGACGAUGGCGAUGCAUGGGCAGCCAAAGGUUUGGAGAAGUUGAUCUCUGGGCUUUUGCGAUGCAAACAUGACCCCAAGGAUCUCGAUGCUCGCCAUCUUUGUCAGACCGGCGUCGUCGAAGCCAUGCGUGCCGUUUCUUCAGGCGUACCACUGGGCGCAAGUCACGCGAUAGGCCACCAACUCGGACCCUUGAACGUCGGACACGGCGAGACGAGUUGUAUCCUCUUACCGGCCGUUUGCAAGUUCAACGCUCGCAAGAACGCCAACAACGUUCGGCAGAAGCGUACAGUGGACGUUUUGCUAAAGCAGGAAACUGUACAGCCUCUGCUGGCUGAGAAAAACGUUUCAGAGAAAGAGGUUGAUCUUGGGGAUAUUCUCGAUUUGAUCAUUCGGGAAUUAGAAAUGCCGCGGACUUUGAAAGAUGUCGGAGUUACGUCUGAGCAUUUUUCGGGUCUGGCUGCGAAUAGUCUGAAUGAUAUUUGGAUCAAGACGAAUGCUUAUGCGAUUACGAAGACGGAGGAGGUUAUGGAAAUUCUGGAAGCUGUUGCUGGCAAUUGA